GCAGAGACUGAAACUCUGCCGUGAUCUUCGAACAAAACGUGUCGAUUUUAUAAUGUACAGCUUAAGAGAUCUACACGGUUAUAUUUCAAAAUGCGCUCAGCCUUUACAAUUUUAAGGCAGUAUCACAUCAGAGGAGCUCCAGUCUUUAAUGAAUAACAGGCCUGUUCCUCAUCGUGUGUCGUGCAGUGUUAAAGAAGACUCGUUUCUCUUCUCAGCGCAAAAAAACAAACAAACAAACAAACAAAAAACACUCAUACAUGUUGGUGCUCCACGGACGCAUCUCUGAUUCAUCUCUGCUUGUGCUGCAGGUUGUCGAGCAGUCUCCUCCCCCUUCUGCUCCAGGUAAACACCGUGUUGUUGGUAUUGGAAACAAGCUGCUGAGGCUCCACAAGCAGAUGUUAAUCCAUACAUGGCGUGGCUUGGGUAUCUGGUUUAUUAAUUGUAGGAAUAGAUUAGUCCUGUCACCUCAGGAUCACUCAUCUGGCUCUGUGCUGCUGUUGUUGUGGCGGGAAGCCAAGUCCACUCCACAGGCAUCAACAAAUGACGAAUUUAUUAUUGUUGUUUAAUCGUUUUGAUCCAACGUUUGUCAUUGUUCACUUAUAAGGGUGCAACUUUCAACUAUCUCAACAAACUAAAUGAUCGUUUGGGGAUUUGGCUGAUCAUUUGUGGGGGAUUUCUGAUGCACAAAUGAAUAGGACAAUAAAAAGAGAGUUUAUAAAUGUGAUAAACAAAAGUCAGGAGAAAAGGAAGGACUUCUUUUCAUAGAAAAAUGACAAAGGAUCAGCUAUCUGAUACAGCCUAUAUGUGAGAGAGAACAGCAUCGUUGUAUGUCUCCUGUGCGUAAUCCGAUCUUGGACGAACGUUAAAGUGUUACAUUUUAAACGCAAUAAAGCGCAGCAUCAGCACGAAACUCCACAUACCAGCGGUAGACGCAGGGGCCCAAAGGGACCAGAUGGUCCAGACAAGAGCUCCGCUCAGGUCCCAGAGGCAUCGCCCCCCUUGUGUCAACGCCCCCAGCACGGUGGCUUGUGUCCCCUCCCCUCUGACGCGCCGGACCCACAUAAAUAGGAGGCUCUCCAGGUCUGCGGCACACUCGAGCUCAGCCGCUCCAGGAGCAAGUACCUCCCUUCCAAAAAGCACAGCAACAAGCAGCAAACGACAUGAGUCCCAGCAUCACUACCGAGGCCAGCCAGCCUCUCACUGCCAGGUCCACCGUGGCCCAGAGAAAACAGGCCAACGAACUGAGAAAGACUCUCAAACCCUUGCUAGAGAAGAGAAGACGUGCUCGUAUCAACGACAGUCUCAGUCACUUGAAAAGCCUGAUUCUUCCUCUGGUUGGCAAAGACAACGCACGCUACUCCAAGCUGGAGAAAGCUGACAUUCUGGAAAUGACCGUCCGCUUCCUCAGAGAUCUCCCGUCCUCUCCUGUCAAAGACUCCGCAGACAGUUACAAGGAAGGCUACAAAGCCUGCCUCCAGCGCGUCUCCGCUCUGCUUCCCAAAACGAGCCUGGAUCAGGACGCGUGCCAGCGGGUCAACGACUUCGUCCAGCAGUCCAUGUCCGCCACCGUCACCCCGACCUGCCUGAACUGCUGCGCUCAGAGCUCCAGGACUCUCCCUCAGAUCCAACAGAGACUCCUGAGCCUCAAAUCCAGCUUCAGCUGCAGACUGGAGAGCCAGUCCCGCAGCAGCAGCAGCGCAGUGGCUCCCAUCAGAGCGCAGCCAGGCCCGCAGCCUGUCAGCGCGGCCAUGUGGAGACCCUGGUAGAUUAGAUGGACAUUUAUCUCAUGCGUGUUAUGUAUUUUGUGACGAUAUUAAUGCUGUUUGUAUUCUAAUAACUGUAGUCAUUGCUAUUAAGAAUUGUUGGAGUUGCUGUGAAUGAAUUGAGCUCAUUUUGCGUUUAAUGCCAGAGAGCACACGAGCACAGAUCUCAAAGAAACUGAAGUCUAUGGACGUUUUUUUUUUUAAAAAAAAUGCAAUCCUCUUUGGGGUUUCAGAGAUACGGGUUGUAGACAACACUUUUGUAAAACCCCAAGGGUUAUUUUGUUUGAGGUUUGCACGAUGGACUUAAAAGUAUUUUGGUCUGUGCAAAAGAAUAGUCUGUAAACACUGUGUGUUAAGUAGGAUUGUUACCAUUCAUUGACAUUAUGUACGAAAAAAAACAAAACAACACGUUUUGUGACAUUUCAAAUAUUUGUCAUCGACGAAAGCUUUUCAAUAAAUACUCUCAACGAA